GAUUCAUUAGUCGUCUAUAUAGUGUUCCCGAUGACCACCCUAUAUAGAAGAGCAUCUGUAAGAUCAUGAUUAUGGUCAGCGACCAGAACUAAUAAUCUUAAGUUUUUCUAAUAAAAAUCCAGAUAUGUCAAACAACCCACCAAGUUCAUGAAAAUAAUCAAGGUCGAAGAAAAAAAAAUGACGAUUCCUCGCAUAUAUAAAAUGAACUCGCUGUAUGCUGUUUAAUCUUCCACGAACAUUGCUUACGACUGCUAGUGGACAGUCCAGUGCCGAGACCAGUGUUUUUUUAUUUUUCGAAAUUUCCGCGCUUUUGAUGUAAUUAUAAUUUCAAGUGUGUGUGUAGUUCGAAAAAAUAAUAUAUUUGAAAGAAUAAAAAUGGUCUUGAAAACGGGUUUCGCUUGUGAGUCUACCCAAUGCUCGAUGAUGGCACCUUGCGAAAAUCAUUUAGAAAUCAUCCGAAAUGACAUUGGAGAGAAUGAAGCGAGACUGGAAAAUUCCGAAGUCAUUUUGUUCAAGUGGAUAGAUUGUCAACAGCAUUUUCCCAAAAACUACGAUAAAAAUUUCGUUAGGAAUUUCCUACGAGGUUCAAAACACGACAUGGAGAGAACCAAACAGAGAUUGGAAACACAUUUUGCUACAAAAUCCAGUUUCCCUGGAAUAUUUAAAAAUAGGAUAGUUGAUCAAGAACUAGUAGAUAUCUUCAAUGCAGUGAAUAUCUUCCCUCUUCCAAAAUUGACCAAGGAUGGACACAGACUAUUAGUCUUCAAAAUACAAGAAAAUGAUCUCAAAAAGAUAGACUUCAACCUUAGCCUGAAAAUAUUCUUCAUGAUAUAUGACGUGCUCCUGAAAAAUUAUAACCCAGUGGCGAAAGAAAUAGCAAUCUUUGAUUGCGAACACUCCUCCUCGGUGCAUAUAAUGAACGCUCUCAUUUCGAUAAGGAACCACAUGCAAUUGCUCAGGCAGUGUUACGCGAUCAGACUCAAGGAGAUCCACGUGGUUAAGGCCCAUUCGGCGGUGGAAAAGAGCGUAGCCUUCCUCAAACCGGUGCUGCACGCCAAAAUCAGGAAUAGCUUUAUUUUCCAUCAAGAUGCAAACAGCCUAGUAGACCGUUUCGGUGAAGACAUCUUACCCUCGAAUUACGGUGGAAAAUGCAAAAGUUUUUCCGAACUGACCGAAGAUUGGCUGGAAAUCCUCAGAGAAAAUGAAGGAUGGUUCCGGGAGCAGGAACAAGUCGAAAUAGACUCGUCGAUGAUGCCAAGAGAAAAAAUGAGCUGUGUAUAUUUUGAGGACCAGAUUGGAACGGAAGGAUCCUUCAGGAAACUAGAAAUCGACUAGGAAGAUGGGAGAGGUUUUUUAGGUUUAGUUUUAAAUUAUUUUAAAUAAAACACGAUUUUAUUC